AUGGCUAGAAGAUUUGUGAGUAUUACAGACAACGUCGAAAUAUUAUUGAAGGAGAAAAAAAUGAAGAUAAAAAAAACCAGAGCAAGAUGUCUCACUUAUCAAGUCAUUUAUUGCAAGUGAAAAGCAAACAAACGAGCCAGUUGAAAUAGAAAAAGUAUCGCCAGAAGUACUAGGUAGUUACCACAGAAAGUUUCUUAGCUGUAAGAAAAAAGGACAGUGAUGAAUUUGAGCCGACUACUCUUUGUGGUUUUUUGUCUUCAGUUGAACAAUAUCUCAAGAAACAUUGCUAUAGUGAAUCUGUUAUAACAAGACAUCAUUUCGCGAGAACAAGAGACACUCUCAAGUCGAAACAGAAAGAACUUAAACACAAAGGAAAGGGAAAUAAACCACAUGAGAUGGGAGUAAACAAUGAUGGGAGUAAACAAACUCAACUCGUUGAUGAAGGAUUGUGCAGAGAUGGCAGGAAUAUUGGUCUUGACAAACGCAUUACUAAUCACAGUGCUCGAAAGACACUGGUACAAACACACUUAAAUCGUUUCUUUCACUCUGUUCUCAAUUUCGGCACUAAUGAACCUCCUGAUUUUUCUCCAAUCAACAUACCAGAAAAGCAGCUUAGUAAUAUUCAGUUAACAGUUUGCGAAGUGUCUGAGGUGCUCCAUAGCUUGGACGCAAACAAAGCUAGCGGUCCAGAUAAUUUGCCAAAUAGAAUUCUGCUAAGCGUUGCUGAUGAAAUUGCACCUUCAAUUUGCCGUCUUUUCAAUCUUUCACUAUCAGAAGGCAUAAUGCCUAAACGAUGGAAACUUGCUAACAUUACUGCCAUCUUUAAAAAGAAUGAUCCGACAAUUCCAUCGAACUAUAGACCUAUCUCUUUACUCGAUACGUUGUCGAAAGUUUUAGAGCGGUGUGUUUACAAUCACUGUUAUGAACAUCUACACUCUAUGUUCCAUUAUCUCCAACAUGGUUUCCUGAGAGGGCGGUCCACGAAUACGCAGUUGUUGGUAGUAUACCAUCAAAUUCUGGAAUGUAUUGCUAGUGGUCAAGAAGUAGAUGCAAUUUACCUGGACUUUAGCAAAGCGUUCGAUAAGGUACCACACAAUCUGCUUUUAUUAAAACUUAAAUCGUAUGGUAUUUCUGAUCCUACCCUCUCAUGGUUUGGCAGUUACUUAUCGGAAAGACAUCAACGAGUGGUUAUCAACGGACAUUCUUCUGA